AAAAUGUGGCUCUGCGUGGCAAAGCAACUCAGUCACACUGCUACAACAGUAAUGGUAACAGUUUUGCAGCUGCAUACAACGCUAUUGAUGGAAACAGAGAUUCUGCCUUUUUCCAUGGAUCCUGCACCCACACUGAAUCUAUGCUCAACCCAUGGUGGAGAGUCGAUCUACUAGACUGUUAUGUAAUCGACCACAUCGUCAUYACCAACAGAGGAGACUGUUGUGCAGAGCAGAUCAACGGAGCAGAAAUUCACAUUGGUAACUCUUUAGAGGACAACGGCACUGCAAACAAACUGGUUGCAACGAUUUCUUCAAUCCCAGCUGGUGGCUCUCAGACUAUCAAAUUUUCUCAYCGUGUGGAGGGACGUUUUGUGGUUGUUCUAAUACCAGGUUCAGGCAGAGUYCUAACACUCUGUGAAGUGGAGGUCUAUGGCUACCCAGCCCCAACUGGAGAGAAUGUGGCAGUUUAUGGAAAAGCUUCACAGUCAACAGUUUAUCCCGCAGCCAUUGCCUACAACGCUAUAGAUGGGAAUCGUGGCCUCUGGGACCAGGGUUCUUGCAGUGCCACAAACAAUGACUUCAACCCCUGGUGGAGAUUGGAUCUGGGCAGAACCCAUAAAGUGUUCUCUAUUAACAUAACCAACAGGGCAGAACAUCCUGAACGAAUAAAAGGUGCUGAAAUUCGCAUUGGAGAUUCACUUGAUAACAAUGGAAACAACAAUCCCAGGUGUGCUGUGAUCUCAAGCAUCGCUCCAGGUUUUACCGAAACCUUUCAGUGUGAUGGGAUGGACGGUCGAUACAUCAACAUUGUCAUACCUGGAAGAAAAGAGUACCUGACUCUGUGUGAGGUGGAGGUGCACGCCUCCAAACUGGAUAUCGUUUCAAAAUGUCUUGUGAUGCCUUCUGAGUCAAGAGGCGUAGACAGCACAGUGCGAUAUGAUUGGAUCAUUAUGGCAGUAAAAAGCCACGUACCAGACCUUGUUUGGGAAAAUUUGGGACUUUGGUUUUACCCAGAAAAACCCAGAAAAAUGAAACACUCAGUAUUCCUUCAUUUGCUGCUCUUCUUGCCAGCAUACUCAGCUUCCAAUUACCUAAACGUGGCUCUGCGUGGCAAAGCAACUCAGUCUCAUCGCUACAGCGGAGGCCGGAAUGUUUUUGCAGCUGCCUACAAUGCUAUAGAUGGAAACAGAGAUCCAAUCUUUGACCAUGGAUCCUGCACCCACACUGAAACACAGCUCAACCCCUGGUGGAGAGUGGAUCUGAUUGACCGUUAUAUAAUCGACCGCAUCAUCAUCACCAACAGAGGAGACUGUUGUGAAGAGAGGAUCAGCGGGGCACAGAUUCGCAUUGGUAACUCUUUAGUGGACGAUGGUAUUGCAACUACACUAAAAAUGAAAAACACAGUGUUACUUCAUUUGCUGCUCUUCUUGCCAGCAUACUCAGUUCCCAUUUACCAAAAUGUGGCUCUGCGUGGCAAAGCAACUCAGUCUCAACGCUACUAUGGUGACUGGAGUGUUUUUGCAGCUGCCUACAAUGCUAUCGAUGGAAACAGAGAUCCUACCUUUAAGCAUGGAUCCUGCACCCACACUGUAUCUAUGCUCAACCCCUGGUGGAGAGUGGAUCUACUAGACCGUUAUAUAAUCGACCACAUCGUCAUCACCAACAGAGGAGACUGUUGUGAAGAGAGGAUCAACGGGGCACAGAUUCACGUUGGCGAAUCUUUAGUGGACAAUGGCAUUGCAAACCCACUGGUUGCAACAAUUUCUUCAAUCCCAGCUGGUAUGUCUCGGACUAUAAAAUUUUCUUCUGCAGUGGAGGGGCGUUAUGUAGUUGUUGUAAAUCCAGGUUCAGACAGAGUUCUAACACUCUGUGAAGUGGAGGUCUAUGGUUACCUUGCCCCAACUGAGGUGCAGUCAAGACCGGCUGUUCCGGGACCAUGACCAAGACCGGACCCUUCAAGACCAAGACCAAGAUCAAGACCAGACCUUUCAAGACCAAGACCAAGACCGAAGCUGAAUGUUUAGAGUUUAACAAAUAUUUCAGGAUAUUGAUUUUUUGUUUUGUUACACCACAAAAUGCUAAACCUAAUGGAAUUAACCAAGCAAAACUGCUUCUUGCUAUUAAACUAAUAACUGUAGUAGAAAUAAACUAAUAAUAAAGAAACUAAAUGCAGAUUACAUAGAUACACAUUCUCUAAAUGGAAUUCAUCAGCCUAUUUUCCACAAUUGUAUGAA